AGUUUAUUGUAUCAUGGCCUCCGAAGACAAGUUCGAGUCGGUUCUAUCAACUCGUUACUGUAAGAAUAGUCCACUUGUUUCGAUCCUCUCGGAGACUAAUAAAGCGACUCUUUGGAGACAACUAUGGAUUUGGCUCGCUGAAGCUGAAAAAGAGCUCGGUCUUAAACAAGUUACUCAGGAUGCAAUUGAUGAGAUGAAAUCCAAUAGAGAUGUAUUCGAUUGGCCUUUUAUCCGAUCCGAAGAGAGAAAAUUGAAGCAUGAUGUGAUGGCUCAUAAUCAUGCUUUUGGUAAACUCUGCCCAACGGCCGCUGGAAUCAUUCAUCUCGGAGCUACUUCUUGCUUCGUUCAAGACAAUGCUGAUCUUAUUGCCUAUCGAGAUUCGAUUGAUCAUAUUCUUAAACGGUUCGCAACUGUCAUUGAUCGUCUCGCCGCUUUUUCAUUGAAGAACAAGGAAGUUGUGACUGUCGGACGUACUCAUUACCAGACAGCCUCCCUUGUUACUGUAGGAAAACGUGGUGUACUUUGGGCUCAAGAGCUUCUCAUGGCCUUCCAAUCAUUGUCAGAGUUUCGAGACAAAAUGAGAUUCCGUGGAAUCAAGGGUGCUACUGGAACACAAGACUCGUUCCUUACUCUAUUCGCUGGAGACGAGAGCAAAGUUGAAGCUCUCGAUGAAUUGGUCACCAAAAAAGCCAAUUUUUCUAACCGAUUUUUGAUAACUGGGCAAACCUACUCAAGACAGCAAGACUCUCAGCUUGUAUUCUCCCUCUCUCUUCUCGGAGCUGCUGCUAAGAAAGUUUGCACGGAUAUUCGUGUUCUUCAGGCAUUUGGAGAACUUCUUGAGCCAUUCGAGAAGGAUCAGAUUGGCUCAUCUGCAAUGCCAUAUAAGAAAAAUCCAAUGAAGAGUGAAAGAUGCUGUGCUUUAUCGAGAAAGUUGAUAAAUGCCCCACAAGAAGCACUUACGAUUCUCGCCGAUCAAGGCCUCGAGCGAACACUGGAUGAUUCUGCCGGAAGAAGAAUGCUCAUUCCAGAUGUACUUCUUACCGCUGAAGCUCUGCUUACCACUCUUCAAGUUAGUGUUCUUAAAAUAACAUCUUCGAAGGACUUAGUGUACAAACAGACAAUGUGAAGAAGAUCGUUGAAGACGAAAUUGCAUUCCUUGGUUUGGAAAAGGCAAUGAUGAUGCUGACGGAAGAAGGUGUCGAUCGGCAACAAGCUCAUGCUGUGAUCAGAAAAACUGCGUUGGAAGCAAAACAACUUCAAGCCACACAAAAAGUUGAUAUUCGACAGACAAUGGCCGAUCCAUUUUUCGAUUCAGUUCGCGACCGUGUUGUUGGGCUUGUCAAUAAUCCGAUAAACUUCACGGGGCGGUGUGUUUCCCAGACGGAGAGCUUUAUUGCCAAGGAAUUGAAACCAACAAUUGACAAGUACCUUGAUAAAUCAGCAGGAAAUGUUCAGCUGGAUGUUUGAUUCAUUUCUUAAAUGAUUUUUUGUUGAAAUUGCGUAAUAGAUUAGUUAAUACCCUCGAUAAAAUUGUUUCACUUUGAAUAAAUGAUAAAAUAAAUA